AUGGCCGCCCACCCACGAUCUACGUCGCCGCCUCCCUCCGCGCAGUACGCCUGCUACGACCAACCGUCGUCCUCACGCCGUCGACACCUGCCUCCGCCUGCCAGCAACUUCAGACCGUCAUCGGAAGAAAUGGAUCCGGCUGAAAUCCUGGCUGCCGUGCAAGAGUUAGAGGAGGAGGGCGAUUAUGAUGGCAAUGAUUACGACGAGGACAACGAAACCUCGUCACUGAAUAUGGAUGAACCUGCUGAGGAGAACUACAUGAGUUUGGAUGAAUCUUAUAGUGGCAAUCGACAUGGCGAUGAUGAUGAUGAUAUGGAUAUAGAUGAUUCAUUUGCCCAAAGUGCACUCCGGAUGGACGAGGACAGGAACUUUGUGAGGAAUAUUGUGGACGAUGAAAGUGACAAAUCGCACGUUGAUCCAUCUCAUGAUGACAGCUCCAGCAAAGGAGAUGUAGAUGGUACAAGCGGGAAUGAUGAGUAUGUUGGUGAUGAUCUGUUUAAUUUUGACAUCGGAUUUGAUGAAUAUCAGCAAGAAUCAUUGGACAUGCACUGGAAGGUCAUGAGGAAGACGUUCAAGUCACUAGGAGAGGCUUACAUUUUCUAUAACCAGUAUGCUUACGAGCGUGGUUUCAGCGUAAGAAAGGACUCACUGAAAUAUUCGAAAGGUCCUGAGGGAACUAAGCGCUUGAGAAAGUAUCGGUGUGCGAGAGCUGGGAAACGACAGGCAAAACUUUGUACAAUGGAAGGCAGGACCCGCAGACUGAGAGGGGAGACUCGUUGCUUCUGCGAUGCGCAUAUAACUUUGAAACUUGAUAAAGAGCGUGACGUUUGGUAUGUCAGCAGUUUCAAUGAUGAUCACAGUCACGUUCUAGCUAGACCGGAUGAAGUCACGUUUCUUCGGUCUCAUAAUCAGAUAAAAGAAUAUCAGAAAGCUGAGAUCUUAACCAUGGCAGGUGCUGGAAUCAGGAAACAUAUGAUUUAUGAUCAACUCGUCAGUAGGUACGGGUCAUAUGCAAAGGCUGGUUUUGGGAGGAAGAAGCUUUAUAACAUGUGUUAUAGAGAAAAAAUGAAAUUGCUUGCACAAGGUGAUGCAGACACUGCCAUUGGGAUCAUGAUGACCAGAAAAGAGAGAGAUCCAGAUUUCUUCUUUGAGCACACCGUCGAUGAUGAAGGAAGGUUGAAAAACAUAUUCUGGUGUGAUUCUCAAUCACGUCGAGACUAUGUUGACUACGGUGAUGUGACAGUCUUCGACAGCACAUACAGGAUGAAUAGGUAUGGCAUGCCAUUUAUACCUUUUGUCGGUCUGAACAACCACCGUUGCACCACGGUAUUCGGUUGUGCUCUUGUGUCUGACGAGACGGAGGAUACAUAUGUCUGGCUGCUUCAGACAUUUUUGAGGGCUCAUUGUCAGAAGAGGCCCAGGUCAGUAAUUACUGAUGGAGAUGCAGCUAUGAUUAAGGCCAUAAGAAAGGAAGAUAUGAAGAAGGCACGGGAGCUUGAGGUCCUUGAGAGACUGAGAGGAGCAGACACUCACAGAUUCAUACUGACAUGGAAGGAAAAUAGGGAUAUGAGAUUCACUGUGGAGUACACCCCAGGUGCAGGUGACAGAGCUAGGUACAGUGAGUUGACUAUCUUAUCUGCUGAAGCAACUCAUAAAGCAUGUCAUAAACCAUUUUUAUUCGACAAGUUGAAGGCGGCUCUGAGGGACAUAAUAGAUAAUGAUUACACUGAGGAGGAUGAGCCUGGUGCGGGGGUACAGUUUGUGAACGACGAUGCAUUUGAGCCUAAUCAAGAUCAUGGUCUUGUUCGUGAUCCCGCUAAAGUUAACACCAAAGGCGCACCAAAACAGAAUGUUAAAGGCCGCGAACUGCCGUCGCUUAUUUUGACAGUGUCGUCGCUGUUGUUUUGA